GGCACGGCCGGCGCGCUGCUAAGUGGUUGGAGCCGCCGCCGCUGUUGCAGGGGCUGCGCUGGAGAGCUGGCCCGGGCGCACUGUGUGCGGUGACGGCGGCGGCAGCUGGCGCCGCUCGGUCCCUUGCUCCGGAGGAGGAGGAGGAGGAGGAGCUGUGCGCCCGGGAAUCCUGGUGCUGGGGAGCCGCCGCCGUCGGAACGGGGUCCGGCGAGAACGGAGCGGAGCCAAGGGCUCUGGAGAAGCCGCGGCUUCCAGUCUCCGGGGGACACGCACAACCCAGCCCAGCUCAAGAGAGUGAAGCUCUAACCGCUGCUGUAGAGCGCAGAGCCCCGAGGUCUCCUUCCUCCCGGGGAGCUGAGCUGGGCGCCGCGGAGCGGUCCCAGCCCCUGAUCGGAAGAGCCCAGAGCUCCGGGGAGAGGCGAAGCCCAGCAUGCUGCCGGAAGAUGCCUGAGGCUGGCCGGCCUGCGAGCGGGCGGCUUCCCGGGCCCUCCCGGAGCCUAGUCGGAGGAAUGGUGACCGCGGGCUGCGUCUUGGUCUUCUACCUGGCUGUGGCCGUGAAUAGUGCCGGUGCCGGCCCGGGUCCCGGACUGGUCAUUUCUCACCUGGAGCCUCGACCUGCCAGGAGAGCCACAGAGCAAUUGAGGAGUGACCCCAGGGCUCAGGAGGAAUUGGUCUUCUCAAGUGGGGAGAGCAUCGAGCUCGGCUGUGAGGCUCAAGACUCUCGCAUGCUGUCCUGGUUCAAGGAUGGGGUGGCAAUCUUCCCCACUAACAGGACCCACAUUGGGCCCGACCUGCUGAAGAUCAUCAAUGUGUCUUAUGAUGACUCUGGCGUGUACACCUGCCAGCAGAAGCAUUCAAGUGAGGUUCUCUGCAACUUUACCAUCCGAGUGACCGAGUCUCCAUCUUCUGGUGAUGAUGAAGAUGAUGAGGAUGAAGGAGAAGACACAGCUGUACCAGCCCAUCCAGGGGAACCCGACCUUCCUCACCUACCUCUCCAUGGUGCCCCAUACUGGACUCGCCCUGAGAGAAUGGAUAAGAAACUUCUCGCUGUUCCGGCUGCAAACACGGUUCGCUUCCGGUGUCCGGCCGCUGGCAACCCCACCCCCACCAUCUACUGGCUGAAGAAUGGCAGAGAGUUCAAAGGAGAACAUCGAAUUGGGGGGAUUAAGCUGAGACACCAGCAGUGGAGUCUGGUCAUGGAGAGUGUGGUACCCUCGGACCGGGGGAACUAUACCUGCGUGGUGGAGAACAAGUAUGGCAGCAUACAGCAAACCUACACGCUGGAUGUCCUGGAGAGAUCCCCACAUCGGCCCAUUCUGCAGGCCGGCCUCCCGGCCAAUCAGACCGCGGUCGUGGGGAGCAACGUGGAGUUCCACUGUAAGGUGUACAGCGAUGCCCAGCCCCACAUUCAGUGGCUGAAACACGUGGAGGUGAAUGGCAGCAAGUAUGGCCCAGAUGGAACACCCUACGUCACCGUCCUCAAGUCAUGGGUCAGCAAUAACGUUGAAGCAGACGCUAGCCUGAAUCUGUUCAAUGUGACAGAACAGGAUGAAGGAGAAUACCUUUGUAGAGCCAACAAUUUCGUAGGCAUAGCCGAAAAGCCAUUUUGGCUCCACAUUCGCAAAUCCAGACCAGCUGAAGAAAUGGUUGAAGUGGAUGAUUCGGGCAAUGUCUUUACCGGCCUCCUCAGUUACGGGCUUGGGUUUUGUCUCUUCAUUGUGGUGGUGGCCGUGGCCGUGGCCAUUUGUCGGCUGAAGAUGCCCUCCAAGAAGGCCAUCAACACUCCCACUGUCCAGAAGGUGUCCAAGUUCCCGCUCAAGCGACAGGUAACAGUGUCCCUGGAAUCGAACUCGUCUAUGAAUUCCAACACCCCCCUGGUGAGAAUUGCCCGCCUGUCCUCCAGCGAGGGGCCCAUGUUGGCCAACGUGUCUGAGCUGGAGCUCCCCGCCGAUCCCAAGUGGGAGCUGUGCAGAUCCCGUCUCACCUUGGGAAAACCUCUUGGCGAAGGCUGCUUUGGCCAAGUGGUCAUGGCAGAAGCCAUCGGCAUCGAUAAAGACAAGCCCAAUAAACCUGUCACCGUGGCUGUGAAGAUGCUGAAAGAUGAUGCCACAGAUAAAGACCUGUCUGACUUAGUCUCUGAGAUGGAAAUGAUGAAAAUGAUUGGAAAACACAAAAACAUCAUUAAUUUAUUGGGAGCCUGCACACAGGAUGGUCCCCUCUACGUCCUUGUUGAAUAUGCAUCCAAGGGGAACCUCAGGGAGUAUCUGCGAGCUCGAAGACCCCCAGGGAUGGAUUACUCCUUUGAUACCUGCAAGCUUCCAGAAGAACAGCUGACCUUCAAGGACCUAGUGUCCUGUGCCUACCAAGUGGCCCGAGGCAUGGAGUACCUGGCAUCCCAGAAGUGCAUUCACCGGGACCUGGCAGCCCGAAAUGUUCUUGUUACCGAAGAUAGCGUGAUGAAGAUUGCAGACUUCGGCUUGGCCAGGGACGUGCACAACAUUGACUACUACAAAAAAACCACCAAUGGGCGGCUGCCUGUGAAGUGGAUGGCUCCGGAGGCCCUGUUUGACCGGGUGUACACUCACCAGAGCGAUGUCUGGUCUUUCGGUGUCCUGCUCUGGGAAAUCUUUACACUAGGAGGUUCCCCCUACCCUGGGAUUCCCGUGGAGGAACUCUUCAAGCUGUUAAAAGAGGGCCAUCGGAUGGACAAGCCCGCCAACUGUACCCAUGAUCUGUACAUGAUCAUGCGAGAGUGCUGGCACGCGGUCCCAUCCCAGAGACCCACCUUCAAGCAGCUGGUUGAAGACUUAGAUCGAGUUCUCACAGUCACAUCCACAGAUGAGUACCUGGACCUGUCUGUACCCUUUGAACAAUACUCCCCAACCUGCCAGGACAGCCACAGCACCUGCUCCUCCGGAGAUGACUCGGUGUUUGCCCACGACCUGCUCCCUGAAGAGCCCUGCCUCCCCAAAGCCCCGAAGUGUAACGGCGCCCUCAGGACGUGAUAGCCUCAGCGACCUGGCCCCGAGGCCUAUGGGGAGCUGAGCUUGUCCAGAAGCCUGGAACCAGAGGGGACAGAACAUCCAGGAGGAUGAGAUCUGGGCCCAGGCUGAGGAGAACCUCCUGGCCCACUGAAACUUUGUUUUCCCCCAAUCAUUUUUGCUGUAGAAAGAAGCCAAGAAGCACUGUAUGGCCUGAAGGAAGAAAAAUCUCUUGCCAAGAUAAUUAUAUGAUAGUAUAUAUAUAUUGGAAAAUAGAAUGUUCAGUCUAGCUCUCAUCCCUCCCCCCAAAAGAAAAGGCAUGAAGUCGCCGUUCUGUGCUGUGAUGUGGAGUAGACUUUUAAGGAUUCUGGGAUAGGGAGGUAUGUGGGGGAAAGAGAGGAAAGGCAGUGUGGUAUAGUGGUCAGAGAACCUGGGUUUGAUCCCCAUCUCUACUACUGUACUUCCUGAGCCAUCCUGGACAAAUCGCUACCUCUCUGGGCCUUUUUUCUCCACUGAAAACUGAGGAGGUUGGAUGAGAUCAUUUCCUGUGAUCUAGAGAAAGGUUAGAAGAAGAAGGAAGGUGGGGUAGGGUCGUAGUUAGUGGAGAUUUUUUUUUUUCUUUUCAUAAUGAACAUAGAGAGAUUGCCUUUAUGCGGCUACCUGGGGACCGUUUGGAAGGGAGCAGAUUCCAUGUUCUCUCAGGGGACUGGGUACAGGUGUGUCCCACCUACUGGAUGGUGACUGGGUUGAGAGAAAGAAUUGUGUACAAAGUUGGAGGGCGAAAGAGGCUCUGCCUUGAAGGGACAGUCUUGCCCUCAGGAGCUGCCGGCUAUGAUGCUCGUGGCCUUCUCCCAGUUAACAAAUGUCUGGGCAGUAUGGAGCAGGAAGGGAUCAGUGGCCCUACUUGGAUUGAGGGGCAGCUAGAAGCAAAGGGCAUCUAUCUCUUGCUUCAGUCCUCCCAACUCCAUGCUCUGGCACUGGUCAUGAUUAGGAUGCCAACAAGGGCAAAAGCAGGAAGAAUUUCAGGCAUUGGAAAGGGAGUAACUAGGUCUGAAGCAGGAGCAGGGGACUAGGGCAAGAGUUUUGUGUCCGAGUAAGUGUCAGGAGUGUUGGAAGUGGAGAAAGGGUCAAGCAUCAUAUUUCCUCAGUGAUGGAGACAAAGUCAAGAGAGGUAGGGUAGUAUUGUGGAAGAGAUGGAGAUCUUACUCUUGAGUAAGUUCCUUCUCCCCAUAAAAUGGCCAAGUCAGCAAUCUCUCAGAUACCUUCUGACUCUAAAUCCCACAAAUCUCUAAGUCACUUUCUCUUUCUGGGCCUCUUGUUCUGUUCAGAGUUGCUUUGGGGGGAACUAGGAUUCCUGCCUCAGGAGUGUAACUGGUUGAUUGGUUGGUUGGUAGGUUGGUUGGUUUGGAGCUGGGGCUUUUUGUCUUCUGUGUUAAAGAGAAGCAUCACAGUGUCAGCUGUCCCCAUCUCCUUCCCCCAUCCCAUGAAGAUUUGAAAUUACGGGUACCUGAAGGCAGGAGCCUUUAAUUUAUAUCAAAAAAGGUUUAUUCCAGACAAUUGUGUAAAUACAUAUAAAUAGAUAUUGUGCGUGUGCGUGUGCGUGUGUGUGUGUGUGUGUGUGCAUGUGUGUGUGUGUGAGAGAGAGAGAGUAUAAAAUAUAUAUAUGGAGAGUGUACAAUAGUGAUCCAGCUUAAACAAGAUGGAUGGAAGGCCCUCAGAAGUAAACAUCACAAUAUCAAAUAUCGGACCUUUGGGGGGAAAAAAGAACAACAAAGAAGAAGAAAGGAAAAAAAAGAAAUUGUAUUUUUUUUUUGUCGGUGUUGUUAUUGUUCUAUAUUGUCACAGUUUUGUUUUAAAAAUUGUAUUUUAACCUGUAUAUUUGUAAAGUUAUUUAUAGUCUGCUGAAGGGACUCCAUCUGCUUUGUUUGAAAUAGCGUAGCAUUGCUGUCAACCUAAUUUCCCAGAGUUUUAAGAGUUUUAACUUAUUAACAGCUGCGAAAAAGUAAGUAUAUGCCUUUGUUUCCAUGUUUACGGGAACCAUCGAGCGAAUGUAUGGCGCGCACAGUCCUGAACAGAUAUCAUGAGACUGUCUGUGUUGUUAUUUCAUAUUCUAGCUUUUCUCUGAAUUGCAGUGAGCUGUUUUUGGUUUAUUUUUGCAACAGUUAAGCAAGAGCCCCCGGAGCCAGCCUUCAGGAGGGAGGUUGUACCUAAAUCUUGUCUGAGGAAACUGAGGCUGGCGGGGGAUUCCCUGCAGUUUGUUGUGCCUCAGCUGGGCAGGGCUUUCUCUGUGCCAUCUCUUUGAGGGUGGGAAGGUCAUGAGUCCUCUUUCCAGAUAAAGGGAUUCAUAAUUGUUGGCUUUACGUGCACCCUCGAGAAAGCCCAAAGCAUGCUGGAAUUCCCUCAUACCAAACCCACAGCUUAGCAGGCUCAGCCCUCUGAGCAUCCCUAGAUGGUCUACAUUUUACAUGUGCCCAUGGCAUCCCACUGUGCUCAGGGAGGUAGCCAGAGAGUGCACCUGCCCUCAACAAACUACACACUCACUUAGGAGACAGACACCUCUGUCAGUAUUGGGAACCUGACUUUUUUUUUUAAGCCCUUUGAAUGAUAGAAGGAUUUCUGAGUGUGUUCUGUAAUUUCCUCCCUCUCGUUCCUUCAUGAUGAAGCAUAGGAAACAAGAGUCUUAGUCUGUGACUAUGUAUUCUUUCCCUCCUUUUCAAAAUUUCCUGGAAACUAAAAUCAAAAAAAUAUAUAUAAUAAUAAUUUAUAGCUUCAAGAUGAUGUCAGGAAAAAGGUUUCUUUUUUUUUUAAUUUGGGAUCUGUUUUGCAGAGGAAGUAGAUUUCUAUAGGGAAACAUUUGGUUUGGUUUGGUUCAGGGAACUUUAAAUGGGAGAGAAAAAAAAAACACGGUAUUUUCCUACAAACGUCUUCUAAUCACGUACAUUCCACAGACGGACAGAGUGUGACGUCCAGCACCAGAAGAGAAUGUACAAUCGUGCGCAUGGUUUCAAAUGUUAUUAGAUAUUAUAAAUAUAUAUAUAUAUAUAUAUAAUUUAUUGAGUUUUUACAAGAUUGUAUUUGUUACUGUAGACUUAACAUUUCUUAUGCAAUGCUUAUAUAGUUUUAUAGCCGGGACUGUUACCUUUAAAAAGUUUGGGAGACAAGUGCCGUAAAUCAAUUUCUACACUGUUAUAUAGCUGGCAGAUUUGGGAUGGCUUACUCUCGGUAGGCAAUUCCACGUUUAUUUUAGACAAGCAGCACCCAUCGGUGGCUGCUGUCUCAAGCGUCAGAACACUAAACACAGCAGACUCUGCUUUUCUUAACCUGGCAAACUUUAACUUUUACCAAAAAAUAAAAUAAAAAUUGGUUUAAGCUUCA